AUGGGAGGUGUGCAGGGUUCAGCUGGGGUGAAUGGGGGCGAUGAAACCAAUUUCGAUAGUGGGGAGGGGGACGCUGGACGAGCCAGGAGGGCGGAACAGAUACGGUCGCCGGCGGAUGGUGUGGCUGGUGGGCAGGGGUACGGUCAGGGAAGGAGGGAUGCGUGCGUGGUCCAUGUCGCGGCGGGGGGCGACGGUGUGGCUAUGGACUUGGCGAGUGCGGAGGGGGAUGCCGGACGGGCAACUCCGACUGAGCAGGGGCGGUGGGUGGCAGUACCGGAUGGAGUCGAGACUGACACCCAGGGGUAUGAGCAGGCACCGGUUGUGGGUGCAGACGCGGUAGGCGAGCCUUGCGAUGAUCCUGAGGGCAUGUGGCAGAUGCGGGCGGCUCGGGAAGGAUUUGUGGGCGGUGGGAGGGAGGACCAGGACACACAGAAGUACAUGGAUGGAUUGGGAGGGAUGGCGAUAUAUUUGGGGGCGGCCCGAGGAGAAGAAGCGAACGUACAGGGAUUGGGUAGGGAUGAUGAAACAUGUGAGGAAGGGGCUGGAUCUGGAACGGGUGGCAGCGGACGCUCUGAGGGAGAGGAUAAAGGCAUAUCCAUGGAAGCACAGGCUAAGGAAGAUGAGGUUACCUGGGCACUGGCGGUGGAAUCUGGUGCUGUGCUGUAUGAUGAGGAAGUGGAUAUCAUGAGUAUUUUGAAGGCUCAGAAUGAAAAAAUAGAGAAAAAAUGGAAGAUCGCAAAACAAAAAGAAAAGGCAAGAAGGAGUCGUCCAAAGAACAAACAUAAGGGAGGCAAAGCGGGUGGUGUGGGAGGAAUUGAGCUAUAUAUCAGAUCGAAAAAGGUUGUAGAGUUUGCCGGGUUCAGCGGAAGAAUUAAGAGUUGGAUGCAAGACAUGCAGUUGGUGGAUCUUCCCCUUACUGAUAGGAAGUUCACUUGGUUUAGAGGUCAAUCUUGUAGCAGAAUUGAUAGGGUGCUGGUUAAUAUAGAAUGGGUGGAGGAGUUCCCUGACAUUAGGCUGAAAGGGGGGCCAAGGGGAUUGUCUAAUCACUGCCCGUUGAUUGUGGAGGAUAUAAGAGGAAGACGGGGGCCUAGACCAUUCAGGAGUCUGGAUUCUUGGUUUACCCAUGAAGACUUUCUGAGGACGGUAAAAAAUGAAUGGCGGACAUUGGGUGAAGGUCCGUUUAUUGGGAAACUGAAGGCUUUGACACUACCGUUGAGACAAUGGCACAAGGCUAACUUUAGUGAUAUGGAAAACAGACUCACACAGUUUGAGGAAGAAAUUAAGAAGUUGGACGAGAAGGUCAGUGAAGGGAUUUAUGAUGGUACAACGGAGACUAGAAGGAAGGCGCUGGUGAGAUUUUGUGAAAAAUGGUACAUUAGGAAGGAAAUCCAUUGGAAGCAGAUGUCUAGAUCUAAACAUGCAAGAGAUAUGGACAGAAAUACUAGGUACUUUCAUAAUAUUGCAUCGGCUAGAAGGCGGAAUAACAGGAUUGAUGCUCUGAUGAUCCAGGGACGGCUUGUGAGGAAUCAGGCAAGGAUAAAGCAUGCAAUAAGGGGAUUUUAUAAGGAACUGUACCGGCAGGAGUAUGUACCAAGGAUUGGUGUUCGGGAUGGGUUGUUGCCGCAAAUUGAUGUAGUUGAGUCAGAAGCAUUGGAGGUUUUACCGUCUGCAGAGAAAAUUAAGGAGGCAGUAUGGGAUUGUGAAUCAUCGAAGGCCCCAGGUAGUGAUGGUUACAAUAUGAAUUUUAUCAAGAAAUGUUGGGAAGAGAUUGGUCAGGAGUUCACGGGGGCGGUAAUGGAUUUCUUUCAAAAGGCAACGUUACCAUCAGAUGUGAAUAUAACUUGGGUGACGCUGGCCCCAAAAUUCUUGGGUGCUAAGGAAAUCAAGGAUUUUAGGCCGAUUAGUUUGGUGGGAUGCGUUUACAAGGUGAUCUCGAAGGUGAUGGUGAGAAGAAUGAGGUCAGUUAUGCCGGGCUUGGUGGGUGAGACUCAGACUGCAUUUGUGAAAGGUAGAAAAAUACAUGAUGGUGCUCUCAUAGCAUGUGAGACAGUUCAUUGGCUCAAGGCAAGGAGAAGGAAAGCGGCUAUUAUUAAAUUAGAUUUUCAUAAAGCGUAUGAUAGAGUCAGAUGGAGCUUCGUGGAUAUAGUGCUACAGAAAAUGGGAUUUGGACAGCGUUGGAGGAAUUGGGUAAAAGAGUGUGUCAGUACGGCCACGAUGUCUGUCCUAGUGAAUGGGUCACCUUCUAAACCAUUCAACAUGGAAAGAGGCCUCAGACAAAGGGAUCCCCUUUCUCCAUUUUUGUUCGUCUUGGUGGUCGAUGUGUUGAAUAGGUUGGUAGGAGAAGCGGUAAGGAAUGGGCGUAUUGAACCGCUGCUAGUAGGAGGUGAGCAUAUCGAAUUGUCGCACUUGCAGUUUGCUGAUGAUACGAUUCUGUUUUGCCCCCCAGAAUGGGUAGAUAGUGCCUGUGGUUUGUUGGGAUGUAAGCAAGCGGUGCUACCUGUAAGGUAUCUCGGGAUUUCUUUGGGUGCGAACCCUCGGUUGGCGAAGACUUGGAAACCGGUAAUUGAUAAGGUGGAAGAGAAACUCAGCCUCUGGAAAGCAAAGGUCCUAACCAAAGCGGGUAAGCUUGUUCUUAUUAGAUCAGUUUUGAAUAGCCUUCCCAUAUACUACCUCAGUCUAUACAAGAUGCCAAAGGCCGUUGCGAAUAAGCUGAUUGCAUUGCAAAGGAGAUUCAUGUGGUGUAAGGGGGAUGGUAAUGACGGGAUCCCGCUAGUUAAGUGGGAGUUGGUUCAGGCACCAAGAAAGGCUGGUGGUCUGGGGGUUGGAGAUGCGGUGCUCCGGAAUACAGCGCUUUUGUUUAAGUGGUGGUGGAGAUUUUCUAAAGAGGAGUGUCCCUUAUGGAAAAGGAUUGUCUGCUCGUGCAACAACCUGAAGCCUGAUGUAAUGCUAGUAAGUCAGAAACUACCAGAUAAAGGAGGGCCCUGGAAAGACAUAUGUAAUCUUAAUGUAAAGGAGCAGAGGAUAAAAGACAAAAUGCUUACUAGCCUGGCGAUGGAGGUAGGGAAUGGGAGGAAUAUCCUGUUUUGGGAAGAUAAUUGGCUACAAGGGGGCCCCUUGAAGGUGGCUUUUCCAAGAUUAUUUUCUGUUUCGAAUCAGCAGGGAUCGAUGUUAGGGGAUUGUGGAUUUUGGGAUGGAUUUGAGUGGAUCUGGAACUUUCAGUGGCGGAGAGAGUUGUUCCAAUGGGAGCUGGAACUGGUCCAUCAACUUCAUGAGCGGUUAAGACCAGUGAAGCUGUCAGAUGGAAAAGAAGACACUUUGGUUUGGAAGUUUGAUAGUAAAGGGGUUUUUUCUACUAAGUCGGUGCUGCAGGUCCUACAAUCGGAGACUCUGUCAGAUGAGAUAACGAGCUACAGUUUCACAAGUUCAGUAUGGCGAGGGAUGGUACCGCCAAGAAUUGAGUUGUUUGGGUGGUUUGUGCUCAUUGGUAGAGUGAAUACUAAAGAGAGAUUGAGUAGACUAGGCGUUAUAAGACUCAGUGAUACUCUCUGUGUACUAUGUAAGAAGGAGAUAGAGUCGGUGGAGCAUUUGUUUCUUCUCUGUGAGUUCACAUGGCAGGUGUGGUGCAGGUGGGUAGAGUCUUUUGGGGAGGUUUGGUCUAUGCCUGGAACCGUAAAGGAACUGUUUGAGAGGUGGACUGGUCGGCAUAAGCGGAAACAAGAGCAGAAGAUAUGGUUGCCGGGAUUCUUUGCAGUUAUUUGGAACAUUUGGGUGGAACGCAAUGCUAGGAUUUUUCAGAAUCAGGAAACAGUGGUGGACUUUGUACUAAGUAAGACUUUACAGAGUUACAACGAAUGGACUGACAGUGUAUCCUUUGGUGGUUGA